AUGGCCAAUGGAGAUCUUCGCACUUACCUUGCGACAUGCCGCCCUUCUCGUGAGCUCCAGCUCAAAUGGUUCCAGGAGAUGGCUCGGACACUUAGUUAUAUUCAUGACAGGCGCGUACUUGUUGCAGACAUCGCUAGCCGCAAUUUCCUUCUUGAUUCCGAUUUAUGCCUCAAAAUUUGCGAUUUCUCGGAGGCAUCUCUCCUCCCAUUGGAUUUUAAUAUGGAUGCUGUCGAUGACAAUGGAUACACUACAAGAAUUGAUAUUGGUCUACUUGGUGCAGUCAUGUAUGAAGUUGCGACUGGUAACAAGUGUGAGAUUGAUCUCUACAAAGAUAACUCUCCCACCGACGGUCGGGCUUAUUUUCCUGAGAGGAAGUUCUUACCAAGUACACAAGAUAUCUGGCUAGGUUGGAUCUUUGAAGGAUGCUGGAACGGAGAAUUCCCCAAUGCCCACAGUCUCCUACAAGCGUUGAAUUCUGUCAGUCCACUCCCUUGA